AUGCCCUAUGGGGGCCCCUCCGGUGCUGCUGCAGGCGGGGGCCCCCCCACGGCUCCCCUUUCUCUGCAUACACUGGCUGCAAGCAUCUCAGCCUCUGAGUGUCCUGCGCAUGCAGCUGCGCCGCAGCAGCAGCUGCAGCAGCUGCAGCAGCUGCAGCAGCUGCGGCAGCAGCAAGUGUAUCAGCAGCAGCAAUGUUUCGACGUUUGUGCUGCUGGCGUCAGUUGCUCACUAAGAACCAUACAAACACCAGAAAGGCUCAGGGGCCCCCCUCUCCUCGCUGCAGCCCUCCAGCGCCGCUUCGCCUCUCUAUCCCGGGCCCCCAGGGCCCCCAGGGGCACUGGGGGCCCCAGGGGCUCUGGGGGGCCCUCGGCAUCGAGAAGCCCCUUUCGUGUUGGUGGGGGCCCUGGGCGCGAGGGCUUUGAUGCUGCAGCAGCCCGGCCGGAGGGGUACCAAGGGGUUGGCGCCCGCACUUCAGGGGGGCCCCCGUGGGUCUCGAGGGGGCCCCCCUCGGGCUCAAGGGGGCCCCUCUCUGGUUCAAGGGGCCCCCCGCCUGUUUCUGCUGGGGCCCUUCUAGCUACAACGGCUGCGGAGACUGCGCGGUUCAAUGCAGGAGACGCGGCGUUCUGGGGCCGAGUGGCUGCGCAGGCGGUAGAGCUGGGGCCCACGCUGUCUCCCGCAGAGCUGGCUGUGGUGCUGCAUGCGAUCCAUAAGACGGGGCGGUGCCCUGAGGAGAGCCUGAAGGCAGCAGCGGCGGCGCUGGCGCCCCGCGCGGAGACAUUUAUGUCUUCUUUCAGUACUCUACAGCUGGCCCAGGUUCUGUCUGCUCUCUCGCGGGCUUCUGUGCCUCUCAGUGCAACACUGCUGCGUGCUGCUCAUCGCCGCAUCCUUUUGCUGUUGGCUGCUGGGGGUUUUGAGUUUCUUUUUGAGGUCGCCAUGGUACUGAAUGCUGCAGUAAAAAUGCGCCUUGCGGACACGGCGCUGCUGGAGGAGCUUGCUGCCCACGUGCAGCGGCUGGUGCGGCGAUCCCGGCUCCCCGUGAGGGACCUGGCCGUGGUGGCUCAGGGCUUCGCAUGCGCCGCCUACACAGACUCAACGCUGUUUGCUACUUUAGCAGAAGAGGCGAUGAAUGGCCUGGCGGAAGCAACUAUCCUCGAUAUGGCCCGUUUGCUGCAGGCCUUCGCCUCUGCUGCUGCGCAGCGGUGCCCUCAUGAAAUGCUUGCAGCAGCUGCUGCAGCAGCAGGAGGCGUGACGACGAACAGCAGCAGCAGCAGCAGCAGCAUUAGCAGUAGCGACAGCAGCAGCAACAGCAGCAACAGCAGCGAGGAGGUUGCUUGUGCUGCUCCUCAUAGACGUCUGUUCAAUGCCUGUGUAGAGGCUGUCUCCGAGCGCAUUGCCUUUGCCUCUCCUGCGGAUCUGGCGGUUGCAGCACAGGCCUUUGGCUUGGCGCUGCUGCAGUCUCAAGGGACAGACGCAGAAGCUCUGCAGGCUGUCUUGCAGCAUAUCAGGAAAGCAACUGUAGCAGCGUUGCCUUUGUUUAUGCCGCACCAGCUAGGAGCGCUGCUGCACACGUUCGCGCGCUGGAGGCUCCCGUUCCCCCCCCAGGACCUUCUCAAGACAAUACAGCGGCUUGCACAGCUCUCAAGCGCAUCGACUGCGGGGGUCCCGAGCAGCAGUGGAGGCCCCCUGGCCCCUGCAGCAGGAGCAGCAGCAGCAGCUGCUGCUGUUUCUGACCCUGCUGGUGCGGAAACCCUGCCGUUGCACCCCGUUCUCGCCGCCGGUGUUGCUGCUUCGCCGCUCGACAGCAGCACGCGUCUCAGCUGCCUACAUUCCCUCGGUGUGCUGCUGCGGCCCUGCGCUGCUGCUGUGUCGGGGGAGCACUGGGCCUCCACCCAGCCGCAACUAGCACGGCUGCAGCCUUGGGGUGUACAGACAGCCCGCCGCAGGGGCCCGUGCAGCGGCGUGCCCACAGGGUACUUCGGAGAGCAGCACGCAAGCGACAAGCCUGGGGGGUCUCCUGAGGGGCCCCCUGAUGGGCCCCCUCCUCGGGGUGCCUACGGGGCAGCUGAGGCGCUGGCUGCAGGGGAGCGUUUGUUUGAAGAGUGGAUGGUUGCAGUAUUUUUGGAGUUUGUGCGGAUUCCGCAGCAGGGGAUAAACGCGAAAGGAGACAAAAUUGUAGAAGGAGGAAUCUCCUUACCGCCACAGCGCACACCCACAGCUCUGGGGGUCCAGCCCGUCCUGAGGAUCGCAGAGACUCUUGCAAACUGCACGGUGUUUCCCAGCGUGCGACGGUUCCUAGUCCCGCUGCAGCAGCUGCUGCUGCAACGGCGUGCAGCAUUGGACGCGAGCAGUGCUGCUAAGCUACAGCACCUGUUCAGGGCGCUGGGCUUUGAGGAGGAAGACGACAUCAUCUUGCUGCUGCAAGAGACAGCGUUGUCCGCAUCCCCUGCUGCACCCGCUGCUGCGUCCUCUGCAGCAGGAGACACCACAGCCCCAGCUAAGCUAACCGCCAACGGGCCCCCAGAUCAGUGCUCGGACGCACAGUGA